CUCACAGGUCGCUUUCUCUGACGCUCUCCAUUCGAAGCAGGGAAGCUACCAGGACUGGCACCUGGAGCGUCUUGUCCUACGGCAGCCUUUCCGAACGUUGGAUGAAUUCGAGCAGGCCGCUCUCGCCAACGAGGUCCGACUCGCAAUACCGUCGCUGCAGCUUAUACGCAUCCAGUUGUCCUAAGUACAGCGCCGGUUGUAUUUUUUUUUACCCAUUCACGACCUUUAUGACUUGUACAUGUUGUCAUACCCUUCGCCUCUGCCCUGCAUGUAUGUAUACCUAUCGUCUGUACACUAGCCUUUGUCUCUUCUCUGUUGCUUUCUGCACUUCCCGUUGCUCUACCUUACCGUUACGGCUGUUGUACCAAUAAUCGUUGCUGUUUCGAUAACCCUGGAAUGAAGGGAUCCGUGUUCCAACAUGCAACUCGCGGUAGCUCAACGCGUCUCGCACAAUCCUGAGAUAUGAAACCGGCCGUC